AUGAUUUGGGGGAAACAGCAAGACAAAGCGCCCGAGGUGGUACAGCAACCCAUCCCGCGCGAAAAGCUGCCGGAUCAGCUUCAGAAGCUUGUUGACCACGACGAUGGCUUCUACGAUGACAUUUAUUCCUCCUACUCUGUUGACUCCACGGAAACUCCCUACCGAUAUGCCGGUUACGCUACUCGUCUUCGCACGAUUCUGCUCUCCGCCCACCGCUAUGUCGCCUACACCUCUGACAUCGGCGAAUCCUUCCGCCCCGUCGCGCACCCGUGGCUCGUGCGCUCCGCCUAUGGUAUUUCAUGGACGUAUUUGAUCGGCGACGUCGCGCACGAAGGAUACAAGGCCUACCUGCGCAACCGCAGCCUGCUCGCCCCGCCAUGUGAGGCCUACAAAGAUGCCAGCGACCUCUCUCCUGAACAAGUCGCCAAAGGCAUGGUGACCGGCAACCUGACCAAGCCUCUCACCUCGACAUCGACCGACACGCUCACUCCCUGGCCCACCACCGAGAUUCCCCUCAUCGAGGACUAUCGCAUGGUGAUGGCCAAGCGCGCCGUGUUCCAAAGUAUAGCCAGUAUGGGUCUGCCGGCCUUUACCAUUCAUUCCGUCGUGAAAUACUCGGGCCGGGUGUUCAAGAAAUCCUCGAACACCUUCCUCCGCACCUGGUCUCCCAUCGGACUCGGUCUGGCCGUCGUUCCCUUCCUCCCGUAUCUCUUCGACGAGCCCGUCGAAGAAGCUGUCGAGUGGGCCUUUAGCCGCGGGCUCUGGCUUUACGGCGGCGACGAAGCCGUCCGCCCCCUCCCUCCGCCAAAGGCCGCCCACGUCUCUCAGGACGAAGCCACCUCCCUCAGCCACUACCUCCGCGUGCAGACGGAAAAGCAUAACAAAGAGUCGCUGGGCUCCGACGCCAGCGUCUCCGACUCGGCCGCCAACCUCUCCUGGGAGGCAUACAAGGAGGAGCGCCAACGAGCGAAGGAGCAGCGCCAGCGGGAGCGCGAGCAGCACGGCCACACGGGUCCGCUCUCUUUCCUGAAGGGAUUCGUCAAGGAAAAGACGGAAUAAAGCUCCCAAUUUGCCACUAUAUCUCUAUAUUGCUUCCUUGAUACCAGAUUUCACUAUGCAUCUCCUGGACCACUUCAGCGUUUGCCUGGCGCUCAGGACAUUUAGUUUCUAUAUGUAUAUAAGUUAGCGGGUCUAUCCUUUUUACUCAUUUUUUUUUAUUGGCAGGAUCGUAUCGGUCCAUUGAUUGUCUGUUUGACCACGUAACUCUAUCCAGGGUGGAUGGCUAUUGGAUAUGAGGUAGAAUAUUUGCCACUACUAUCCACGAACUGAAUCCAUCACCAUUAGAC